CCGACAGUAUGCUUUCUCUGAUGCACUGGUCGCCGGGCAAAACUCUGGUGAUAUUAACUAAUGGCUAUUUUAGAUGACAUGACAUAGCAACUUGAAUCAUCUCAGUUCUUGACUGACCUCUGUUGAACCAGGGCCGACCAAGAUGCCGGUGGAGUCAAGGUCAAUCAGAAACAGGUCAGCGACGGGUCGCUUUCCAACAGUCACUCUGGAUUUUGGACUAGACGAGGAGGAAAGUGGAAAAUCCAAACCUGAAGAGAAGGUGACGGAGGAAAACGCUUGCUCGCGGUGGCUAAGGAAGGCUUGUCACUGCUGCUACCCAGAGACUGAAGAGGACAUCACAGACACCUUGGUCACUGAUGAUGUGGACAAGGACGAAAAUGAGCUCAACGAACUCGUGCUCCGGGUGAAAUCAAUAGACCUGAUGAAAAGCAGAUCAGGUCAAAACCGCAUGGAGCAUCACACCAAUCUGUACCAAAGUGACGACUUCAUCAUCCGCAGAGGGCAGAGCUUCCUGAUGUGGAUCACCUUGUCUCGAGCCUUUGACAGCAGCACUGACAAACUCCACCUUGAACUGAAAUCAGGUGCGUCGCCAUCCGUGUCCAAGGGGACUCACGUCAUCGUCCCCCUGGUGGACAGUCUGGAGGAUGACAGGUGGGAGGCGGCGGUGGUGGAGAAGGUCGGCCAGCAGCUGAAACUCUCCGUCAACUCUCCGGCGACAGCAGUCGUCGGCAGAUAUCAACUCCAGGUGGAAACUCAGUGUCCUAAAGGUCAAGCUCUUUCCUCACACAACCCCGACAAUGACCUUUACCUGCUGUUCAACCCCUGGUGUGAAGAGGACACGGUCUUCCUAGAUUCCGAAGAGGAGCGACAGGAGUACAUCAUGAACGAGGUUGGCCGCAUCUACUACGGCACUGAGAACCAAAUUGGCGUGAGAUCGUGGAACUAUGGUCAGUUUCACCAGGGGAUUCUUCCUGCCUGUCUCUUCGUCCUGGAGAAGAGCGGAACUCCUCCGUCCGGGUGGGGGGACCCGGUGAAUGUGGUGCGAAUUGUUUCCGCCAUGAUCAACUCGCCCGACGAUCAGGGAGUCCUUGAGGGGAACUGGUCGGGAGACUAUUCCGCUGGGACCUGCCCUACUGUUUGGAGCGGGAGCGUGGAAAUCCUGCAGGAGUACCAUAAAAACAGCGGCGCCUCUGUCAAGUACGGCCAGUGCUGGGUGUUUGCUGGAGUGGUGACGACAGUGCUGCGAUGUCUGGGGAUCCCCGGCCGCACCGUGACCAACUUCAACUCAGCUCACGACACGGACGUCUCUUUGACCACAGACGUGUAUCUGGAUGAGGAUCUGGAGCCGCUGACUCAUCUGAAUGCAGACUCGGUGUGGAAUUUCCACGUGUGGAAUGACUGCUGGAUGGCACGUCCUGAUUUGCCUUCAGGCAUGGGAGGCUGGCAGGCGAUCGAUGCGACGCCUCAAGAGACCAGUCAAGGAACCUUCUGCUGCGGGCCGGCGUCGCUGACUGCAGUACGCACCGGUCAAGUCUACCUCAAGCACGACGCUCCGUUUGUGUUCGCUGAGGUGAACAGUGACAAAAUCUACUGGCAGAGGAAUGAAGACGGAACCUUCAGUCAAAUCCACAGUGAAAAGAAGAUCAUGGGCCACUUAAUCAGCACCAAAGCGGUGGGAUCAGACGAGCGCUGCGACAUUACACAUCUUUACAAACCUCCCGAAGGUACAGAGGAAGAGCGGAUUGCAGUGGAGACGGCGUGUCGCUACGGCACGAAGGCGCAGGCGUACUCCCCACCCACGGCCGAGGACGUGACCAUGGAGGUGACCAUGGAUGGUGACGCAGCGAAGAUGGGAAACAACGCUGACUUAACCAUCAAGUUGCAAAACAGCAGCACAGAGGAGCGAAGGAUUGUGCUGCACAGUCAAGUGGCUGUCAUGUACUACACUGGCGUCCACAAGGCCACAGUCAAGAAGGACAAGACGGACCUGGUUCUACUGCCCAGUGAAGAGAAGGUUUUGGAGUGGACCCUUCUCUAUGAUGACUACAAAGACCAGCUGGUGGACCAGGCGGCGCUGAUGCUGACUCUGUCGGGAAGAGUCAGAGAGACCCAGCAGGUCCUCGCCACACAGUUCAGCUUCAGACUCAGGACACCAGACCUCACCAUCAAGCCCAUCGGCAAGGCAGUGGUCGGGGAGAAGAUGGCUGUGGAGAUUUCUUUCACCAAUCCGCUCCCUCGAACGUUGAAGUCUGUGAUCUUCCACGUGGAGGGUCUCGGCCUUCUACCUGCUCGCAAGAUGAAUUAUGGAGAUAUUGGCAGCCGUGUCACCACGACUCUGACCGAGCACUUCGUCCCCUCUCUGCCUGGACCGAGGAAAUUACUGGCUUCAUUGGACUGCAAGCAGCUCACGCAGGUUCACGGUGUGACCGACAUCGUCGUGCAGGAGAGGAGCCAUGUAGCUGCCUCCUGAAUUCAACCCCCAGAUCUUCCAUUUUGUCACACACUGGCCACCACCGUAACUCAUGCAUGCAUGCAUGCAUCACCACAAAGGAUUCUUUCCUGACAUGCUGAACAUAUAACCCAAAUGUCUUAUUUUAUAUGUUACAAAUCCUUUCAAUUAUAUCCGUAUUUUAUAUAGCUUUGACCUGUAGUAUAUACAUGCUCAAAAUCAUUCGUAUUUAUUGUAUACAGAUCAAUACAUUUCUGCAAAUGUUCAUCUUCCUAAUCUUGAGAAUGUUACAUUCUCUUCAGGGCUAUUUUGAUUUAGAAAUAAUUCAUUAUGUAUGGUCAAAUGAGAUGAAAUAUGUAUUUUUUGAAUUGAUCAACAAAUACAUGUAUACAGAAUCUAUAAUAAUAAUAAUAAUAACUCUCCGACAGAUCGCUCUGAUGUCCCUCAGGAUAACGGACCGUUGUGCCCAUCAAUCCCCUCUGGUGGUCACCCCGCAAUAGAAUAUGCAGUCGUUUGGCUGAGGAAUGCGUUUGGGCAGCAGUGAGCUCGCUGCAAGUGGAGAUUGAAAGCCUCUGAUGGACUGGCAGUUUUGUGAAGUCUCUUAGUGGCAACAGACUCAUGGCUACCCAGUGCGGCCUUGAUACACUGUUCUGAAGAUGGAUGAUGUUCAGUAACUGGUCAAAGAAAAGGGUUAAAGGGUGUAGUCAUUGGACAUCAACAUGAGUGACAGCGUCCACAUUAACCGCAAAGCAACAAUAGUCUCAGCUGAACCACCGAGUGAGAGGAUCAGAACCAAAUGCUCGAGCUCUCCUAAUCUUACUUCCACAUCUGUCUGUGAUCCCCUCUCUUUCACACAGCCUCUGCUUAAGGGGUCAGUGUAUGGAAAUUAAAAAAGUAAAAAAUAGAAUUUGUAAAAAAUUGACAUAGUUAAGCACAUAAAUCCACAUUGUUGUUCUUUUGCUACCCCCCACCACCACCAUGUGACCACAUGUUUUUUAUUGCUAAUUUUUAUUAGCCCACAUUAUACAAUUCAGAAACACACAUUGCAGUUGUCUGUAUGAGCGACUGGGUAAUCGGAAGUGUAGUGUCCUUUUGCUCUAUACUGGAGGAUCCCCGUCCGUCUGCCCCCACAUUCGACUGAACUGUCCCCCGGAGCCCCCUCCCAUUACCCCAGUUCUGCUGUCAUGAGUUAGAGUGACAGUCGUGUGUUUCACUGGCACCUGAGCAAUGCGCCUGUCCAGCUGGUGCAUGCGGCAGUAGCACUGGCGCAACGCGGCAAAAAAAUGCGCCGCCAUCCUUUUUUUUUUUUUUUUUUUUAACGUGGCCCAUGCCGCCCCCCCUAUAAGGCCAGGCUGACCUGCGAACGUUGAGUACAUUCAGAAGUUCAGUUUCACCAGUAAUGUGUCUCGGUUUUGAGCCUUUCGGUUGCUUUCAAAUGCAUACUUGUUUUGUUGUUGAAGUUUCCGGAAAGAAAUCAUCACAGUGAAAUCUGAUUUAGUGUUGGGCUUAUUUUAAACAGAGAACAUAAACGCCAGGGUAAAGGAGCAUCAGCUGUGUUUGGCUCGGUUGUUGGCAGAGCAGAGUGUGUGACAGGAUAAUAGCUGUGGAUGAUGGGGCAGCAGAGAACAUGGCAGAAUAUUGCACCGCUUGCAAGGUGAUUCAAAACAGAAACCAGAAACAAAAAAAAAUACGCUGUCACGUUGAACAUAGCAGGAAAAUAUGCCAUCAGUUACGCUGAGGAGAAGCUUUGCGUCCAUUAAAAUCAGCCCACCUUCGAGUUCUAACAAAUUCAGUGUCAUUUGAUGUCGGUCUGUAACCCAUUUUUUUUGGCCAGUCGAUCAAAGUCGAUCAAAUCUUCAUGUCUGACUUUACACGAUGAUGUCAGGACGUUAUCAUGGCAUCAUUGUGUGGAGCAAGUUCAGAGAGGCUUAUUUAUCGCCUCCUGCUGUUGGAGACACUCAUCUCUGUUCUGUUUGCUUCACAAGUCACAUGAACCAUGUCAGUGACGUUUCGCAUAGCCCAGCUCCUUAUCUGGUAAAUCUAGAAUUAAUAAGGACAUGCACUCAAACACCAGACACACUGACGCGACAGUUUAAAAGCAAUAAAAGGUCAGUGUCACUGCGAAGUUCAGCAGGAAUGUGAACUUGUGGCUGCACACUUCAUGAAGAGAGAAGUCAACUUCUGGUCAUUUGAAUUGAUUCUCUCUGCUGAAAACUCAAACGUGGAAAGUCACUUCUGAGAACAACUGGAACACACUGCAGCAUGACCAGCAUGCAGACACCGCUAUCCUUUAGAAUGUACAAGACAUGAAAGACCUUGACUGUUCAGCUGACUUCCUAAAUGCACCUUAUGUUCCUAAAGUCACAUGCUUCUCUUCCACUCCUGGACAGACAUUGGUUCUUGAUGGACAGGAGUACAUUUUAUAGCUCUGUUGUCAAUGAGUUCUGCUUUAAAUGUUGGGAAAGAGGAACUCAGAAAAGAAUGAGGGAUCAAUUUCUAAAUCGAUAAGUCCAAUGGUACAUGUGGGUGGUGUGUGGGACCACAUGCAGCCCUGCAUCAUCUCAUGAAAAAACAAAAAACUUCACUUAUUUACCUAAAAUUACAUUUGUUCCUGUGUCACUUAUUCUUUCCCCGAUAGUAUUUUAUUUUAUAUUUAUCUCUAUUUUUAAAACUUGUUCUACAGUGUGUUUUUUGAUUACACAUUGAUCAGAAACAGCUUGAUAAUUAUACCAAUCCAUUUGUUCAAAUCUAAUUUUUGUUACUUUAGCACAGCCUUUUUUUUUUUUUUACUUUGUUUGCAAAGAUUCUCAAUAUAAAUAAAUGUUGGACAAUGUUUUAAAGUGAUGAAUAUUUUGGAAUCUAUGGGUAAAGUAACAUUUUUUCAAGACAUUUAUUUAUUUUUGAGGGACAAAAACUAUCACCCAAUAGAAUAAUGUAAUAUACAAUUUUACUGAUAUA